AUGGAAGCUAUGUUUUCAUGUGGCAGAGUUGCAUUUGCAAUCAUAACAAUAUUAUGCUGCUUCACUUCCCCUGCAUUUGCCUGCCCCCUCCCUGAAAGAAAUCUUCUCCUCGAUUUCAAGGCAGCAGUUGUAGAUGAGGAUAACACUCUCUUUUCCUGGCACGGAUUCAAUUGCUGCACGUGGAGAGGAGUCAGUUGUAAUCUCCGCACAGGCCAUGUUUCUCGACUGGAUCUGAGUGGAUUCAAUUUGGAAGGUAACAUCAGUUCAUCGCUGUUCCAACUUGCACGGUUGGAGCACAUCGAUCUCAGUGACAACCUCUUCAAGGGUAAAUUCAGUCCUCCCCAUAAUCGAAAGUUGAAGAGUCUCACUUUUCUUGACUUGUCAUUUGCUGGUUAUGUAAAUUAUUCCUCUCUGGGUUAUGUACGGGAAUUUUAUGUGAGUUUGGAAAGCUUAUCAAAUCUGGUGAGCUUGGAAUACCUCUCUCUUGCUGAAGUGAACAUCUCUGCAAGCAAAGAGUGGGGUGAAGCUGUUGGCAGUCUACUCAACCUUCAAAAACUCCGCAUGUCUGACUGUGGGCUUGGAGGACAAAUUCCCAAUUCCCUUCUCAACCUCACCUCUCUGCUUCAUCUGGAUCUAUCAGAGAACUAUUUGUCAGCACAUAUACCAGCUUGGUUUGAAAAUGUGACUGGGCGCUUGGUCUCUCUUGAUCUCUCUGGGAAUUACAAUCUUGGAGGAGACCUUUCUUUCAUUGGACAACGAAAGUCUUCUUUGUCACUAACCAGCAUUGAUUUUUCAGGGACAGGCAUGAAGGGCCGAAUUCCAUCUGCUAUAUGGAGUAUCUCAUGCUUGGAGCAUCUUCGUCUUUCAGAUACUAGAAUUGAAGGUGAGAUUCCAGCUUCUAUAGGGAAUUUGUUGUCCUUGCUAAGUCUUGAUCUAUCAGCGACCAGAAUUGAAGGUCAGAUUCCAUCUGCUAUAGGGAAUGCGUUGUCCUUGGAAAGUAUUUUUCUGUCGGAUACCAGAAUUGAAGGUAAGAUUCCAUCUGCUAUAGGGAAUGUGUCGUCCUUGAAGAGUCUUUAUCUGUCUGAUAUCUCUAUUGAAGGUGAGUUUCCUGUCUCCAUACUCAAUCUCUCUAAACUUGUUGAAUUGGACCUGUCCUACAACAAGUUAACUGGGGUAAUCCCAGCUUCAUUGGACUCACUUUCUUCCCUUGUUCGUCUUCACCUUUAUGCCAACGAAUUGAAUGGUACGAUUCCAUCUACAAUUUCAAAUCUUGUUAACUUAGAAGCCUUUUGCUCCACUCCAAUAGUUUAA